CUACUCUUACACCAGAACAGACAGUGAGCCCACAGAGUUCACAUCUUUCCUGAUGGAGAUUAUCCAGACAACAGGGCACUCGGAGACUAACAGGAGGAGGACGCAGAGCAGCACAACACCCACAGCCAGUGGAGAGGAGCAACGGCAUCGUUAGACAAGGUGAAAGCAGGGCAAACAAGCCGGGCUGCAGGCUUAGCUAGAGUCGCCCCACACAAACCCCCCUACCAAGCAUUUUCUCCCGGACGCCAGCUCCCUCGCCAGCAGGAUGGACAACGUGAAGCUGCGGAUUUCCAACCACUGAAUGGACCACUGCCUUUUCUGCUAUAGAGGAGAUCAUUAAAUGUAACCUUGCUGCAUUCUCACAAUGCAAUGACAAUAAACAACUAUCUACCUAGUCCAUCACCUGAAGCACCACCCCUCCCAACCCCCAGACCUAAAGGAGUUGACAUAAGAGGAAGACCAAUCCUCCACCAAGCGCAAGGAUGGUGAGCAGCAACUCCAACCACCUCGGAUGCACCCUCUCUAACGGCCAUCUUUCACACAUCUGUGCUUCAGCGGCAGCGCCCACGCCAGGCACCUGUUCACACAAUUCUACUACACCUGCUGACUGACUAGCACAGAACCUCAGCGCACAGAUCAGACUCGACAUCCUUACAAGGGCCUUCUCGGAGUAAGACGUUCCCUUCUCCGAGGAAAAGACAUCAGGGCCUCAUAUAUUCAUCGAAUAUAUCGACUCAAUCUCUCUUCAGAUAUUACCAUCUCAACAAAAGAUUCAGUGCCAUCACUUCACUCCUCUCAAACUGUAUCUCAACAGAAACAUGUAUCAAACAUAAGCUGUCAGCAAUUCUCAGCUAUCUCAUCUACGUCAUUCGCAUCAUCCCUCAGGACAAUCUUUGACGUCCAACCUUCUCAUAGAAGCUGCAGGCAUCCCCUCCUCGUAUAACAGAAUCAUCCUCGAUGAUGCACGGAAACAGAAACGUGAAGGUAGUAACAUUUCUGGUCUCCUCGGAAUGGCAUUUCUAUUCUACGACGACUUCAUCACUUAACCUGCAGAAGUUCAAAUCCAUCCAGAUGCAGCUCUGUCCCCAGGUUCAGAGGAUACUUAAGGGGAAGACGGUCGCUCCCCGGCCACUAAAACUACAAUCAGACUCUGAAUCUCAGUCUCCUUUAUCCACCCUCUAUGAACUCCAUCCCAUCAUCAUUGCAGCCAUAUUUUGGGGGCAUGAACAGUCAAGAAAAUCCAUACUCAUUCACUCUGAUACUCAGUAGCAAUCAGCAGUCAGAUCAUUAACAAAGAUGUUCAGGCGAUCAGCCCCAGAUUCCGAUCCUUAUUCAUUUCCAGUCCCAACAUCUUCAGCAACUACCUUGAAUUAGCUCCACAGCUAAUUAAUCUCUCAAGCCUCAUAGGAUGCAAUCCUCAACAGCGUAGCUCCCUCAACAUUCUCCGCUUAACCCGCCGGCUGGAACCAUUUCAAGUCUCACCAUCCACAUACCAAACUUCUCUCCAUCCUGGACAUCACGUCCAUCCGCAACUUCAUCUUGCAUCCUUACAAAAUCCAAUUCAGCCCUUCAUCAUUCAAACCUUUCUAGCAGGAAUAAAUCAUCCAACUCACCACUAGCUUCCAAUAAUCUUCAAUCUCUCAUUCCCAAUCCACAACGUCAAUCAAAGGUUUAAGGAACCAGAAACCUGCCUCAAUCACAAAACGCCUGCCUCUUGCCUCUAACUAACUCAGCCUAUGCAUCCACUCUCUCCAUUCAGGGGGCUUAACCCCAGCCGCACAUUCAACCCUUGAAGCCAUGUUCCUGCCGACCUCCUUCAUAUACUUCAGAUGUUACCAAAAUCGCUCGAACUCUAUUUGCCAUUAAUCCAUCCAAUCAUCAUAAACUAUCUGACAUCUCCAUGCAUACCUCAGAUUCCUUCUUAUCCGCACUAGACGCUGUGAACUGACUGCUCAGAGUCCUACCAAUUUACGUCUUCUGCCUCAAGUCUUACCUCAGCCCAUACGAAUUACUGACAAGAUAAAUCAGCUUCAGGCAUAACCUCAGAACACUACUCAGCCCAUUCAUAUCACGUCCAUCCAGCCUCCUCAGUAUACAGACUCGGCACUUCAGACAAACCAUCCAGAUCUCUGGACGCUGACCACCUCAAGCUUACCACUCAUGCGCCCAUAACAACCUCUACGAUCCGUGUCAAGCUCACGCUCAACUCAGCACCAUCAAUCAUAACUCUUUUGGGGGUUGAGAUCAGCUCAGGCAGAACGACGCCUGAGACGGAACCCCCAUCCUGAGUCUCCCUAUGCUGAGCCUCCAUGCAUCUCCCAGACUAGACUAAAGCUACUUACCAACAUCCCUCAUCUUCAUCUCAGACAACAGACAACAGACAACAGUCUCGCUGCACAUUCUUAUCAAUCUCGAUUAAAUCUUUAAACACAUUCCGUUGUGGUGUGGUCCUUGCUAGUGAAUCUUAAUUUGUUUUACAGAGAUAAUAGGAAAAUUUAAAUGUUUUCUCAGUAUUUGAACUCGUGUAUAUCCUUUUCUUGGCAUAACAAAGCUGCUGUUCCAUGUUAAUGAGGUAAUUCCACAAGAUAUCUGGGAACAGUGGCCAAAAAAGUUCAUCAUCAUGGGAAAAUGGGGUGUAAAAUUGUAAUAUAUUUUGUUCCUACAAGAUCGGAACUGAAUCAUUUUUACUUAAAUAGAUGUUCAUUUUUGAAAGUACUGUAUAAUAAAUAUAAUAAAGAGACUGUGAUGGGUCUUUAGGCUAGACAAUUUGAGAUCCACUAAUUUAAAUUAGAUGGUUCUUACUUUUUACACUUUGUACUGAGUAAGACUUGCUUAUUGUUUUCUAUAAUGUUCAGCAAUGCCGUUUAUAUACUUUGUCUUGUAAACGGUAUUGUCCUUCCUGUGUGGGCAUUUUAUGCAUGUCUUGCAUCAAUGGAAAUUAGCAUCUAAAGAAAUCUGAUUAUUCAUAAGUAUCACUGUAAUUGCACACGGUCUCUAAAUACCAUUCUGCCGAUAUGUACAGUAUAGCUGAUAUAUUGACUGUUUACAUGUGCAGUUUAUUUGCUGGUAUCAAUAGUUAACUUUUUAAGCUGUUAUUUGUCAAUAUUGCUAUUUUGCCAAAAAUGUCCUACAUGCCUCAGAUAAAUGUUUGACGUUUGUAACCAUUUUAGGUCUUAUGUCAUAAGAAAACAUUUACUAUAAAUUGACGCUUCCCAAAAAAGAUUGAUUGUCUGUAUAUAAUAUGUAUGUAUAGUAGAAUGGACUACACAUGUAUAAAUAAAAUUUCACCUGACCUGAAUUUACUCACUGCAUGAUCCUAGAAAUAAUGCAGUUUUCACAUUAAGAAAAAAGAUGAUGAACAAACCCCAAAACAUCAGGGCCUAUUUGAAUGUCCUUUGCCACUGUUGAUAUCCUGAUCACAAGGCAACACAUUUUGGUAUAAAAAAAAUACACUAGAGUGAUCAUAUGUCUCAUGCAUGAGGUAUAUAAAAGUAAGUCCGAAGCGUGGAAAAACGCUUUACCACAGAAGACAGCCAGCGAAGGAACUAUGACAAUGACUUCCUUUAAAAAAGGUCGUUAUAUCUGUGGCUAAAACCAGAUUCACUUCCUUUAGACUCUUGUCACUGACAUUCAUGAACGGGCUGCACCCUGUCCUGCUUGUUUUCCUGGCCGUGUGUUGCAGUCAUGACUGUGUUUCGGCAUCAGUCCUGGAGGUGAUAGUCAGGCCAGGAGAGAAUGCCACUCUUUAUUGUGACUGUAAAAUAUCACCUGGAGUGUAUAUAGCAUGGUACAGGAUCUGCUCACAUGAGAACCAGCCUCCUCUUGUCCUUAAGCCAAAGCGUGGAAUAUUUAUAGACGCAGACAACUCUGAUCUUCUUACAAUUUUAGAUCGUUUUCAGUUUGUGAGAAACUUUUCCUCUGAAUCUUAUGACCUGCUGAUCCAUAACAUCACUGUUUCGGAGGAAGGCAUCUACUACUGUGGAACUGGAGAGAGAAGAGUGGAGGAUAAGGAUGGAUACAUCGUUCCCAGAGAUGUUUUCAGCUAUAGCAACACCACAGCAAGAAUCAUAUUACAGAAGCAUUCUGACAGCCUCUCUGCAGAUAACGUUCCUCACAUGUCCUCCUGGAUGUUGCCGAUCAUUCCAGCCAUCACUGUUCUCUCCUCCCUCAUCUCCUUCAUUCUGGUUUAUCUCUUCUGCCAGAAAACAGAAUCUCAAAGGGCCAAAAUACGGACUAAAACCAGGAUGAUAUCAAGUCAGAAUCAGGAUAAAGAUGUGUGCUGGACACAGGUCGUGUUCCUGCCUCAGGAUGCAUAAACUUACCAGUGAACAGAUGAAGCUCUCAAGAUGACCAGCUCCAGUCCCGUUUUGGUUUAUUUGCUCAUGUGUCAUUUGAAAUGCAGUACCAGCUUUUAACAGUUAGUCGCCAUCUAGAUUAGUUAAUCACAUCGUUUUUGUUGCUUCAUUUGUUCUUAAUAUUAUGACUUAAACCUGUAAAUGCACUGAUGUCAGAAUAACAAUGUCCUGAAUCAGGAAAUGGAACCAUCUGAAAACAUGUGACUGUGUUUUGUUAUGUUUUUUUUUAACUAAUGUUGUGUCUUUAGAAUCUUUUGAUCUGAUAUUAUUGUCAGAUAUUCAUUUUUGACAUGAAAAAAUCCUGCUCAUUAAAAACAUUUCUGUAAACAACAGCAACCUUCUUGUAAGAAAGUCUUCAUUGACUCUUUACAGAAUUUUCACCUGUAACACCGUAAAAAAAAAGUUUUUUGUUUUUUUUGCUGAUCAAAUCUUAU